AAAUCAUACAAACAAAACAUAAUCAUCAUUAGGUCCAAAACUCGGAAAUAGAAGAACCAACUCGUUUAUACUUCCACUAGACCACCAACAUUUUGGUAACAUGACAAUCUCCGAGAUAGAGAAACAUCGAAUUCAAAGCAAAGUUUGAAUGCUGUCAAUAUCUUAAGAAUAAAAUUGAUACAAAGCCAACUUUGAAAGCAAAGUAUAAAGGAACAAUGACAGAACCAAAACAAAGGAUUACUUCUCAUUAGAUUGUUUUUUUUUUUGAGUAUACAUUGGGAAACGAAUAUCCAAACUAAAACAAUAUCUACAGUUCCUUUUACACACUUUACUAGUAUAUUGACAUGGUGAUUUAUAAAUGUUCGACCAACUAACUAAACAAUGAACACAUUCAACCGCAAACACCAGCUUCUAGAUCGUCAAAAUGGGACUCAUCAUCAUGGUCAUGGUGAUGGGCAUACUAGUGGCAUCAUCACCGUCCGAUCAAACGGAUGUCCUCACUCCUCUUUGCAUCAGUGAAUGCUCUACGUGUCCCACCAUUUGCUCUCCUCCUCCCUCCAAACCGUCUCCCUCCACGUCACCGCCUCCAUCUCCCUCAUUGCCAUCAUCCUCUCCGCUACCGCCACCACCUCCAUCUCCCUCAUUGCCGUCAUCAUCACCGCCACCGCCUCGCAAACACUCUCCACCAGCGGUUUCACCUCCACCGUUAAUCACAGUCAUCCAGCCGCCACCACCAAGAUUUUACUAUUUUCAGUCCACACCGCCACCUUCACCGCUUUCUUCCGAUGUAAAAGGCUCGCCACCAUCACCUCCGUCGCCAAAGGGACAGCCAAAGGGGCAGCAGGAUCCUAACCCAUAUCCUUAUUUCUAUUUCUACACGGCAUCAAAUGCCACUUCUCUCUUUUCUUCUUCUUUCUUGACUUCUCUUCUAUUUUCUCUAUCUUUUUUGCUUAACGAUUCGUUAGUGAUAUACUAUUGUUUUUUUUUCAUUUUUUGGUGUAAUAUAUGAUUGCUUUUUCAUCAAAUGGGAUAAUCGUUUAUCAUUUUACGUACAUUAAACAACCCCGUUAUAUU